CAAAGUGUAAUGGACUUUGUUUCUCUCUAAACCAAAAGUAUACCCCCAAAAAUUUCACCUCCUUUCUCUCUUCCCUCUCUUUUCUCUUCUCAUUUCUGCAGCUUUCUGCGGAAAAGAGAAUUUCUGCAAAGAGAGGGAGAGAGAAAGCGAGAGAAAAUACGAGGACAAAAAGAAAGAAAGAAAUUAAUUUUUUUUUUCUUUACAAAUUUUCUUGCAAGUCCAAAGCAAAAAAAAAAGAAAGAAACAAAGAAAGAAGGAAGCUGGUUAAAGAAAGAUUGGAAAAUGUUUAAGGGAUUCAAGAUUUUUAACAAUACCCCUAUAAAAAUCGACCCUUUAUCUUAAAUCUACCAGUUUUUAUUUUUUUGGAUAAUUAUUGGUGGCUUAAGGUAUUUAUCCACGUUUCCUCACAUGCAAACAAAAGCCAAGAAUAAGGGUUUUCAUUUGCUGGAAAGAAUUGGCUUUUGAAUAUCAAGAAAUUUUAUAUGAUCAUUCCUCUCCAUUUUUAAUAAAAUGGAGGGAGUAUCUGAUAAUGUUCAUGGAGUUAUAUUAGCUAUAUCAUCCAGUAUUUUCAUUGGGUCCAGCUUUGUUAUUAAGAAGCAAGGUCUAAAAAAAGCUGGUGAAAAUGGGAAACGAGCAGGUUCAGGAGGCCAUUCCUACUUGUUGGAACCUUGUUGGUGGGCUGGAAUGUUAUCUAUGAUUAUUGGAGAGGGAGCUAACUUUGCUGCUUAUGCAUAUGCCCCGGCAAUACUUGUGACACCCUUAGGGGCUUUAAGUAUGAUUGUCAGUGCAGUGUUAGCACAUUUUAUUUUGAAGGAGAGGCUGCAUAUCUUUGGUAUGGUUGGUUGUCUCCUCUGCGUGGUUGGAUCUGUCAGUAUUGUCUUACAUGCCCCAUUAGAGAAGAGUAUCCAAUCUGUCAAGGAUGUCUGGUAUCUAGCAACAGCGCCAGGGUUCCUCGCCUACGCUUUCACAGUUCUGGUGCUGAUACUUAUCCUUAUUGUCCGGUUUGUGCCUCAUUAUGGGCGGUCGCAUUUGGUUGUCUACAUUGGUAUCUGUUCUCUUGCGGGUUCUCUAACGGUUAUGGGUGUCAAAGCAAUUGGAAUGGCUAUCAAGCUCACAUUUAGAGGACAAAAUCAAUUCAAGUAUUUUGAGACAUGGUUUUUUAUAAUUUUUGUCCUCAUUUUUUGCCUUUUGCAGCUGAACUAUUUGAACAAGGCACUUGACACAUUUAAUACCGCUGUGGUUUCCCCAAUAUACUACGUCAUGUUUACGACACUGACCAUUGUUGCAAGCAUGAUAAUGUUUAAGGUCAUGAGGAAUCUUGAGGACAUCAAAUUGAUAGUUCCAAGUUAUGUUGCUCGGACUCUUCAAAAUUGCUGCCGCAUCCGAGUCAGAUUCUCCAAAAAUACACUACAAUUGGAGGAUCUGGCACACACCGGACGUUAUUUUUGAAGAGUCUGAAGGUUGCAAGUGCAAUUCAACAACCAUUGACAAGUUUUUGAUUGUAGUAACCUGUUGAUAACAGCAUAAACUUAUAAUAUGACAACAGAAAUCAAGAUAAUUUGUUCAAGUCUCGAGCACCAACAUAUCUUGGUCC